AUGGCUGACAGAUUCCCCUCGCUGGAGGAGUUCGACUCCGGCGCCCAGACAGAGAUCAAGGAAGGCUCUGGAAGCCCCUCAGCCACCAACUUCCUCGAGCGUGAGAAGGCGCUUCUCGGCGACGAUGCCAACCAGUUUGCGACAGUUGAGGAUGCCGAUUUCGACGAUGACAACGACCUCCUAGGGGGUGGCCUCGACUCCUCGGCUGGCGCCGGCGCCGGUAUCGAGACUGACGCCGCUUUCGAGAGCCAGUUCCCCGACCUUUCCGCAGGCAACGAGUCUGUUGCGCCAGGCGGCACCAUCACCGGCACCGGUCCUUCCGUGUCCUACAACUCCGGAUAUGCGCCAUACGCCGAGGAGGAGCAAGAGCCCGAGGUGAUCAAGGAGUGGCGCGAGAAGCGUGAUGCGCAGCUUGCCAAGCGCGCGGAGCAGUUCGCCGCCCAGAGAGCCGAGACCAUCGCGGAGGCCCAGAAGAACAUUGACGAUUUCUACGAUAACUACAACACUAAGAAGGAGAAGGCGAUUGCGCAGACCCGCAAGGAGGCCGAGGAGUUUCUUGCCAACCGCGAGGAUACCACAUCGGGAGGCACGAGCUGGGAGCGCAUUGCCAAGCUGGUUGACGUUAGCGGCAAGGGAGCUAAGGGCGGUGCUGCUGGUUCCGGCAAGGAGCGUUUCCGCGAGCUCCUGAUAAGCCUAAAGAAGGACGAGAAGGCCCCCGGUGCCUCAGGAAUCUAA